AUGGAGAGGAAAACAAGGUCUGGAAAAGUGAUUGUGGAAAUUAAAUCUCCAGCAAAGAGAGGAAGAAAAAAGAAAUCUGAUAUUUCGGAAAGUUCCAGCUCUGAGCAGAUCCAACAGCAAGUGGUCAGACGUAGUUCUCGUGGUAAACCUCAAAGUGAUACUUCAAGCAGUCAAUUGGAUGUUUCGGUAUUAGAAAGUAGUAAUUUAUCAACAGCACUUAUUGAAGAAUCAACGGAAUCAUCAAUUAGUGAUACACAGAACAUCCAAGAAUCUUCAAAACAAAAUGAAUUUACAAGUAAGGAGGAAAAAAUGGACAAUUUCAAUGAAAAUGAAGAAAAGAAGGCUGAAGUAGCAAUCAAAUGUUUAGAAAUUAAGUUAAUUGACUGCUGUUUGCAUGAAAAAGUCAAUAAAUCAACUGAAAAAGACAAAAAAUUACAAGAACAAGUUCAAAGUGAAGAUGUCGAGAUGAUUGAGAUAAAAGAGGAAGUAAUCGAUAGUUCAAAUAUCGAACAAAAACAGCUUGAAGAGGUUCCACAAGUUCAAACAUCCAGUAUUGAUGAAAAUGAGCCUGAAAUAAGUGUGGUAUCUGUUGAAAUUGAAGCCAUUAAUCCCAAACAAGCUGACGAGGAACCAAUACAAAUUAAAGAAGAACCACAAGAAAAUUCUGAGACUAUAACUAUCAUUGAUAACUCAUCUAAUGACAAUUUAGAGAAAAUGGAUGUCCAAGAAGUGUCUUUGAUAGAAAGUAAAGACGAAGAUAUAAAAAUUGAGAAUAUUGAAGUAAAUUUAACUUUAAAUGACACAGAAAAUGCCGAAAUAAAGGAAGCUGAUGUGGUUCCAAAAGUUAUUAGUGAACCAGAAACAAAUGUUGUUAAGGAGGAAGCAAAACCUAUAGAAGAACUCGAAGAAUUCUCAUUUUUAAGAAGAUCUAGAAGACUAAAAAGCAUUUAUAUGGAAACUCCAGUCAUCAAAACAGAGGAUAUAGUUAUGGCCAAAGAAAAUGCAUUAAUUGCUCAAGAAGCAGCAAAAUUGAAGGCAAGAAAUAAGAAACUAGCUGAAAUGGAGGCAGAAGAAAUCCUGAAAAAGUCAAAUGAUUCAGUACAGAUUAAAGAUGAUGAGAUGAAAGGUAUAGAAGGAUCUCAAGUUAUUAAACAAGAGCCAGUCAUUAUUCCUGAAAGUUUUGAUGUUAAGCAAUGUGACGAACGAUUAAGUCAAUUUAUAACAAUCAAGGAUAAUAUUUAUAUGAAGUCAUCAGACAAGGUGAUCUGUAAAGUCAAUAAAACUAUGAAAUGUGACUGUACAAUGACAGAAGAGGACCUGAAAAAUGGUGAAAUGGGAUGUCGAUAUAAUUGUAUUAAUAGAUUACUGUUUAUCGAAUGCAGCUCAAAAUGUAGAUGUGGAGAAUUUUGCGAUAAUCAGCAGUUUCAAAGAUACAAUUAUUCACCAGUUAGUGUCUUUAGGACUGAAAAGAAAGGUUUUGGAAUUAGAGCUGAUGAUGAUAUUCCACCUGAAACAUUCAUUAUUGAAUAUGUUGGCGAAGUUCUGAAUAAUAAGCAAUUUGAUAAGAGAGCAAAGAAAUAUUCAAAGGAUAAGAAUCGUCAUUACUAUUUUAUGGCACUAAGAAGUAAUGCUGUAAUUGAUGCAACAGUUAAAGGAAAUAUAUCAAGAUUUAUUAAUCAUUCAUGCGAUCCAAAUGCAAUGACACAAAAAUGGACAGUAAAUGGUGAACUAAGAGUUGGAUUCUUUAGUAUUAGAGACAUUAGACGUGGAGAGGAAAUAACGUUCGAUUAUCAAUUUCAAAGGUAUGGUAAAGAGGCACAAAAGUGCUAUUGUGAAUCGGAAAAUUGUCGUGGAUGGAUUGGUGAAAAUCCAGAAAGUGAAGAGGAACUAGAAAUUGAAAUUGACGAUUCUAAAGCUAAGAAAGGCAAGCCAAAGAAAGUGAUUGUUAAAAAAGGCAAGGUUAAAGCUGAAAAAUCUGAAAUAGAUGAACAAGAACCGAUUAAGGAAGACGAAAUUGACGAGCCUGUAUCAGAAGAAAAGGAGGAAAUUAAAAAGGAAGUUGUUAAAAUUGUUAGAAAGGUCAAAAAGCGUCAAGAUCCACUUGAAGAUCUCGAAAUUGAAGAAGAAAUUAAUGAUUUGACUAAUUUAGGCUUGAAAAACAGAGCACACACAAUUAGACUUGCUCGAUUAAUUGUCAGAGCUAAGAAUACAGACGCAAGAAGUCGUUUAUUACAGAUCUUAAUUUCUGGAGAGUUUCCAUGUCGAAGAUUGUUCCUUGAUUAUAAUGGAUUAAGAUUAUUGCAUAGCUGGAUGUGUGAUAUAAGCAUAAAGAGUUCAAUUCCUGACAUUUAUUUAUGUAUAGAAUUAAUGAGUGCACUGGAUCUUUUACCAAUUACAAACAAGACAGUGCUGCGUGACUCUAAAAUCCUCGAAAGAGUCGAAAAAUGGAGAAAUAUUGACUUGGAGAAAAAAAAGCUGUCAAAAGAAGAGAAAAAGCAGGCAAAAGCUGACAAAAAGAAGAAUAAAGCAGCAAGUAAAUUCCAACAAGACACAUCUAUCGAACAAAAGUCUGAAGAAUCAAUAUUUAUAAGAACUUUUGAUGUUCUCGAAGAAUUACCAACGACAAAAUUAUUGCUUAAAGAAACAGCAUCAGAAUUAUUAAGGAAAUGGGAAGUUUUGAAGGAAGAUUUUCGUAUUCCAAAGAAACAAAAACAGGAAAUUAUGAUCGAGCAUGAACGCGAGGCAGGCAUGGAAGAAUGGCAGGAAAUUAAUAAAAUUGAUUCUAUUGACAAUGAUCGUUAUAAAAAUAGAUUUGGCGAGGAUUCAUUUACAGCUAAUAACAACAAAAACUUUAAUUCAUCAUAUAAAAAAACAAUUGGACCAGUUGAGAGGCAACAAAGACGUCAAAUGUAUGCAAUGAAGGUAGCACAAGAGGAAUUAGAAACUCGAAUGGCUACACUUCAUGAUAAUAACUGUGCAUUAUUUGGACUUCCAACAAACACUCAUCCAAUGAUGGUUCCAGUUCGUGUAAAUCGUGUGACUGGCGAAUAUUGUAAUUUAAUGGGACAAACAGUUCCAGUUCCUCCAAAUCAUCAUAAUUUCAAAUAUGAGCCUUUAACUCUUUCAACUAAUACUGAGGAUUAUCACUUGCCACCAAUUGACUUGCCUGAUCAUUGGAAAUACGCAAUUGAUAAGUUCGGUAGAAUUUAUUAUUAUCAUGAAAAGAUUCGUCAGCCACAAUGGGAAGCACCAAUUAAAUUACUUCCAUUGCAUGUUAAUUCUGACGACGAAUAUGAUUAUGAACUCGAUAGUGACGAGUCUGAAACGGAGACAGAAGAUGAAGAAGAAGAGGAAUUAAAGGAACUAUUAGCUAUGCUUAAGAAAAAGAAACAAUUAAUGCAAUCACAAUCUACAAAUUUGCCAUCGAAUGACAUGAUUACUGAAGAAGAAGAUUUAGAAAAAAAAAUUAUGAAUAACAUGCUGUCAAAUCCACCAGAUCAAGCUAUAAAAUUAUCACAACUUCCAGCUAAAAAGUGCUUAAAAAAGAAAAGUCGUCGUGGAUUAAGCACAAUGAAGUUUAUUCGACCAAGAACUGAAGAAGACAAACUUUAUGGGCGAACGGAAACAAAACGAUACAAAGAAGUUAAGGAAAAAUUAAGACGUGAUAAAAAGCGACGUAUGCUGCUUGGUGAACAACAUGCUGAACAUUCAGGCGAUGAGGACGAAGAAGAUUCAUCUUUAAACGAAGCAAGUCUAGCGAAAAUUGUCGAUGAGCUUGACAUAAUCAAUAAAUCUAAGCAAUUAGACAAAAUGAGAAAAAUCAAAAAGGAAGCUGAAGUCAUUAAAAAGAAGGAAUCUCCAAUUGAUCCAUCGAAAUUAAAGAAACCAGCUAAGCCGGUUCCUCAAAUAAGUCCAGCUGAUCAAUUAAUCAUUAAAAAGCAGUUUAGGGAUGAAAUUAAGGAAGAAAUUAUGAAAUACUUGUUGCCAUAUCGUGACGAUGCAUGUAUUAUCGGUAAAAUUACUUCAGUUGAGGAUUACAAUAGCUUGGUUCAUAAGCUAACAUUCUCAGUUCUAACGAAGGAGUCAAAGCACUGUGCACAGUCGAAUAGUAUUUUAAAGGCAACAGACUCUGUUAAAGGAAAGACUAAGGAAUACAUCAAAAAGUAUAUGGCAAAAUUCGAAGGAUCGUAUCAGAGAAAGUCCGAUGAGCAGGAUUAUGAGAGUAUUUUGAGUAAACUGCAGUACGUCAGCACCAAUGACUUUUUAACUCGUGCAAAAUUUUCUCAAAAUUCCUUCAAAAAAGUUGAUUAUUUACAUUAA